GGGGGUGGGAGGAAAAAACAAAUUUUCCUUUUUCCCGAUUCUUUAACGUGUUCUUCUCCCGAGAUUAAGCGGUUGGAACGCUAACUCGAUCAUCCACUCUGUUACUUCACAGGAAAAGCAAGCAUCUUGAGCGAUAUUUUGACUUCUGGCAGGUUUAAUUCUAGGGUUCGUGUCUGAUAGUUUGUGCAUGAUCAUUUCGCGCGCAGAGAUUAUCGUUUCUAGGGUUUGCUCUUCACAUUCUGGGCUCAAAUGGGUGGAAAAGUUCUAUCCAAUCUCAUCAUUUUGGUUCCAUAUACCUUAUAUGUGCAUUGAUUGAUUAAAAAAAUCGAAUCCACGAGGGAAGACGACAGAAAGCACCAAUGCCAAUCAUUAUCAAUAAUGUGCGAGAUUUGGUCGGGUAUGGCGUCAACGAACAUUGUAGAAGAAGUUGCGUGUGUAUAUUUUAUUUUAUUUUCAGAUAAUGGAACCUCUCACGAAGCUUCAACGUGUUGUCGACCACUUUCCAUUGCGAUUAACUUUGUUUGGAUGCUGAGAAAGCGAAGGAAAAUUGUAACACGGCUCUGAGGAAUAGCAACUCUGUUUCUGCGUGUAAAGAUCUAUCUUGUGUUACGGAGAGAGAGUGAGAGAAGAUGGGAUGGAGAGGGAUUCUGGGUUUUGAAUAUGGAAUAGUUCAGGCGCCAUUGGGACCAGACAUUUCAGGACCAGAGCUUGUCGCCGCCGUUGCUAACGCCGGUGGGAUUGGUCUUCUCAGAGCUCCUGACUGGGAAUGCCCUGAUUACUUGAGGGAGCUCAUAAGGAAGACAAGGAAAUUGACAAGCAAACCAUUUGGGGUUGGCGUUGUUCUUGCGUUCCCCCACGAAUCGAAUAUAAAGGUAAUUCUGGAGGAGAAGGUGGAGGUUUUGCAGGUCUAUUGGGGUGAAUGUUCAGAAGAUCUUGUCCAUGAUGCUCAUUCUGCGGGAGUCAAGAUUGUUCCUCAAAUUGGGAGCAUCGAGGAAGCAAAAAAAGCCAUCGAUGCAGGAGUAGAUGCGAUUAUAGUCCAAGGACGUGAAGCAGGUGGACAUGUUAUCGGGCAGGACGGUCUCUUUUCAUUGCUGCCGAGGGUCGUUGAUAUGGUAGGUGACCGUGAAAUCCCGGUUAUCGCAGCUGGUGGCAUCGUUGAUGCACGCGGUUACGUUGCAGCAUUGGCACUCGGUGCUAAAGGCAUCUCCCUUGGCACUAGGUUUUUGGCUACUCAUGAGAGCUUCGCACAUCCAACAUACAAGCGGAAGUUGGUUGAAUUCGACGAAACCGAAUACACAGAUGUGUUUGGUCGGGCCAGGUGGCCUGGUGCACCUCAUCGUGUUCUUCGGACACCCUUCUUCAAAGACUGGAGAUCUCUCCCGAGCGAUGAAACUGAACUUAACCAGCCUAUUAUCGGACGUUCCACCAUACACGGCGUGGAAAAGGAGAUAAGAAGGUUAGCUGGAACUGUACCGAACAGGACGACCACGGGAGACAUAGAGAGUAUGGCGAUGUACGCCGGGCAAAGCGUAGGACUCGUGAAGGAGAUUUUACCCGCUGGAGAAGUCGUGAAAAGUCUCGUUGAUGAUGCUCAGUGCUUGAUCCGUCAAAACUUAAGCAGCUCUGCAUGAAUACAUCGCAGGUUCGAGUUCUCUAUAUCGUGUUCUAUAUCUAUCGUGAAUCUUAUAUACUGAGUUACCUGGAAAAACUUUCAAGAAAAAGUACACUUAUGUUCUUCAUUGUACCGUUCACAAGAAAAGAACUUGUUUCGGGUUUCGCCAGUUUA